CACAAACACACACAGGAAGACAUUUGUCCUAAUAAUCAAAAUUUUCGGUAGACUGUCACAAGGACCUCGACCAUGGAUGUCCUAUCCAUAAAUCAGCAGGUAUAUAUCCGUCGAUCCGAUGGCCGUGUUCAUCGGGCUCGGAUCGUGAAAUUGGAUGGCAGCACUAAGCCCCUGGUGACCGUGGAGUGGCGGGAGGGCGAGUUGACACGUGGCAAGGAGAUGGCUCUGGAUACAGUAAUAAGGCUCAAUCCGCAGAUCUAUGGAACGCGCUGUAGUAAUCGAGCUGAAGCAGCUUCAACCAAUGCUAUGGUUUCCAUAGCUCCGCGGCCGGCCAACACCAACAAUCCACAGCACUUUCCCCUAAACGUGAAUGGGUUUGUGGUGCCGCGACUUACGGCGGGUAGCACCGCCCUGUCAGCGGUGGUAACCGCCACACCGCGCCAGCCCAUCCCCCUUCCCCAGGACGACAUCGUGCAGGAGAUCGAGCGACUCCGGGUGCAGCGGGAACGACGGCGUCUGCUUAAUGCUCAGGCCCGAACGCAGCGUCAGUGGUGCAAGGACUCGUUUUCGGGCAAUCCCAAUUGGGAGGUGGCACGCAUGCUCCGACUGCAUCGCCUCCAAAUGGACAUCCAGGCGUCGGAGAGUUGUGGACGCAGUUCACCAAAGCAACACCAGAUAUUGGUGUGUGUGCGUAAACGUCCGUUGAAUCAGCGGGAGCAAAGUCUGUGCGAGCUGGACGUGGUCAGUGUGCCCCACAGGGAGCUGUUGGUGGUGCAUGAGCCGCGCAAGCAUGUGAAUCUGACCAAGUUCCUGGAGCACCACAACUUUCGAUUCGAUCACACCUUUGACGAGCACUGCACCAAUGCCCAGGUGUAUGAGCACACGGCCCGUCCACUCGUCCAACACAUCUUCGAGGGCGGCAUGGCCACCUGCUUUGCCUACGGCCAGACGGGCAGCGGCAAAACCCACACCAUGGGCGGAGAGUUCACGGGAAAGUUCCAGAAUUGCCGGGACGGCAUUUAUGCUCUGGCUGCCAGCGAUGUUUUUGCCAACCUCCUGCUGUCCAAAUAUGCUCACCUGGCUCUCACGGUCAGCUGCAGCUUCUUCGAGCUGUACGGCAGUCGGGUGUAUGAUCUCCUGGUGUCUGGUAAGCCGCAGUUGCGAGUCCUGGAGGAUGGCCAGCAGCAUGUGCAGGUGGUGGGACUGACGGAGAAGCCAGUGACCAGCACGGAUGAGGUACUUACACUUCUCGAGCUGGGCAACAGUGUACGCACCUCGGGUCAAACAUCCGCCAACUCCAAAUCCUCACGCUCCCAUGCAGUAUUCCAAAUUGUACUGCGCACUCCGGCCAAGAACCAGCUGCAUGGCAAGUUCUCGCUUAUUGACCUGGCGGGAAACGAGCGAGGGGCGGACAAUUGUUCCGCCAAUCGUCAGACGCGUCUGGAGGGAGCCGAAAUCAACAAGUCCUUGCUGGCCCUCAAGGAGUGCAUUCGGGCUCUGGGUCGGCAAUCGCCUCAUCUGCCAUUUCGAGGCUCCAAGUUGACUCAAGUGUUGCGGGAUUCGUUUAUUGGCGGCAAAAAGGUGAAAACCUGUAUGAUAGCCACCAUUUCACCGGGUCUGCGAUCUGUAGAGCACACACUCAACACUCUACGCUAUGCGGAUCGAGUCAAGGAGUUAACGCCUCAUCUACCAACCAAGGGCAAGAUGAAGCCAGUGCUUGAUAUUGACAGCCCGGUUAUUUCACAAACCAACUCGCUGCCUGAUAUUCCCAAUCAAGUGAACCAGUUGAACCGCGUCUCAUCCACCGCCUCGCUUCCCGAAGCCGAAACCCAUCCCAACGAUGUGUGCAGCAUCUGGAAUGCCUUCAGUACAGGCCAUGCUCUUCAGGAUGAUAAUCUGGCAUACUUCAACCAGGCAACCGACAACUACGUCCAGCCGAAGGAAAAGAGCACAUCAAAUAACUAGAAAUCGCUAGCAAAUUUCAGGCGAUAAAGCAACUGCCAUCAAACAACAAAAUUGCAUGGUCACUGCAGUUUUUAGCUCAUAAAUACUUAACCAAUUACACAAAAUAACUAAAUUUUGUAUUAAAAAAAUUCUUUAUGAAAAUAAUCAUUGUUUUGGAAAGACAAAUUUAAU